CUCAUCUCUCAUACUUUCACACAUUUAUACAUUCUUACAUUCAGUCUCCGAGCAAAUGGCGUCUUACAGGUGGAGUCUGUUGCGUCAAGUUUUCAUAAACGAUGACUGAAUUGUAAGAAUAAUUAUGAUUUUCAAUUGAAUUGACAUAUAAAUUGAACGUAAUGAAAAUAUGAAUGAAGCGAGUGGUGGGAAACAAGAGCUACCAAAUAAUUCAAAUAUUUCUCCAUGGGAUGUUAUGUCUAAUCAGUCAAUAUCUCCGGUAGCAAGCGCAAUGCACCAUCAUCAUCAUCACCAUCACCAUCAUCCGUCAAUGAUACAACAAGAUUCAAGUUCUACUGUUAGUCAAGUUAUUGUUCCAACUCCAGUAAAGCUUCAACCACAAUCUAUGCCUCAGACCCCUAACAUAGUAGAGCAUUGUACACCUUUGUCUCAUUUACCUCAACCAAUGCCAAUGAAUCAAGGGAUGACUCCAGGUGGUUAUCCGGAAGCUGAAUUGACUUUAGAACUUCAACAACAAGGAUGGAAAAAAUUUUGGAGCAAACGUGAAAAUCGGCCAUAUUUUUGGAAUAAAUUAACUGGAGAAUCACUAUGGGUUAUGCCGCCGUUAAAACCACAAUUUGAUCCUAUUACUGAUCCUCUUGGAAUUUGUGGUGGUGGUCCAGUUCCACCAGGAAAUGGUCCUUUACCUCCUGGAACUCCUGGUGGACCCUUAAAACGUCGUGCUUCAGAGGAUGGUAAUCCAGCCGUCAUAAAAAAAUUCGUUUUAGCUGGGCCAUGGGAUAUAGACGUACCAACAAAUGUGAUUAUAUACGAACGUGCUCCAUCAAAUCUCCUACAUGUCCAUCCAGAAGUUGAAGCAUUAAGAUGUAGCUUGUUAAACAAAUUACGUCAAUGUUAUCAGGAACUUUGUCAUACUAGAGAAUCGAUAGAUGCCCCUAAAGAUUCAUUUAAUCGAUGGCUAAUGGAGAGAAAAGUGAUAGAUUGCGGGUCAGAUCCACUGUUACCGAGUCAAUGUUUUCCAGAAAUUUCUAUGUCGAUGUAUCGAGAAAUCAUGAACGAUAUUCCGAUAAAAAUUGUCAGACCAAAAUUUACGGGAGAUGCAAGGAAGCAACUGUCACGGUAUGCUGAAGCUGCAAAAAAAAUGAUUGAGUCAAGGUCAGCGUCACCAGAAAGCAGAAAAGUUGUGAAAUGGAAUGCUGAAGAUACAUUUCAGUGGUUAAGAAGAACAGUAGGUGCAACAUUUGAUGAUUUUCAAGAUAGAUUAGGACAUUUGAAACGGCAAUGUCAGCCUCAUCUUACAGAAACUGUAAAAGCUAGCGUUGAAGGAAUUUGUCUCAAAAUUUAUCACUUGUCAACUGAGUAUGCGAAAAAAGUUAAAGAUAAAAAUAACCAGAUAUUAAAAGACAAUGGAUUGGGAGAUGUAAUACCACUAGGUGGACCUGCAAGUACUCAACGAAAAGUUUGGUGUUAUCCAGUGCAAUUUUCUCUCCCUGCGCCUCGAUUACCUCAAGUUGAUUAUCUCCCUGAACGAGAACAAACGAUCCUUCGUUUUCACGGUGACGCAUUGUACAUCAACAACUCUCAUUUAACUAAGCUCGAACACUUGUAUAGGUACAAUUGCUUUGAUGAUAAAAAAUUUGAAAUGUUUUUACCGCGAGUUUGGUGCGCACUCAAGCGUUAUCAAACCUAUCUAGGAAUAAACGAAGGACAUGCCACACAAAUGGCUUUACCAGUUACUGUGUUUGAGUGCCUGCAGAGAUCAUUUGGUGUCACUUUUGAGUGUUUCGCAUCACCAUUUAACUGUUACUUCCGACAAUAUUGUUCAGCUUUCGCUGACACUGAUUCGUACUUUGGAUCAAGAGGUCCUUUCUUAGAUUUUAGGCCGGUUAGUGGAUCUUUUGAAGCAAAUCCUCCGUACUGUGAAGAGCUCAUGGAAGCAAUGGUGAAUCAUUUCGAAAGACUUUUAGCUGAUUCUACUGAACCUCUUUCAUUUAUUGUUUUUCUUCCUGAAUGGCGAGAUCCAGCACCGAAUGCUCUUAUUAAACUUGAAGGUAGUCAUUUUAAACGCAAACAAGUCGUUGUGCCAGCUAUGGAACAUGAAUACAGACAUGGAUUCCAGCAUAUAUUACCUAAAGGAGAAGUGAAUAUCAGAGCAGCUCAUGGAACUUUAGUUGUAUGGUUACAAAAUGCAGCUGGUGCUGCACGUUGGGGUCCAACUGAAGAACGUGUUGAAGCUCUUUUGGAAGCUUGGAGACCAGGCAGAGAAAGAGAACGUGAUCGUCAAGAACUUUUAUCACCUCCAAGACAACCGAGUCAUCAGUCAAUCCCAUCUACUCCUAUUCCUUUACCAUCUACUUGUCCUACAUCAUCUCCAACGAAUCCUUCGAUUACUACUACUGGUUCUUCUCAAUCUCUUACUAUUCCUGCUGCAAUUCCAAGUACAACGGCCGUGCCUACUACAACAAAUUCACCGACAUCGACGAUACUACCGUUAUCUUCACUUGCAGCUCAUCCUAUUUAGAUUAAUGACGAUCUCAUUGGUAUAUAAAAAAUGGUAAUUUUCGAUUGUUUUCAUCUUUUUUAUUAAUUGAUAUCUACUAUUCGCUCGUACAUCCUGUAAAUAAUCGACCAUUGCUUAUUUUAAUGCUUUAUUUUGUUCUUGUUAAAAAAUGUUUUGACAAAUAUGCUAAUAUUUUCACCGUACUUGCUUAUUAUUUACUUUUUAUGAUCAAGUAAUAAAAAAAUAUAUAUGAGUGUAUAAAUUUAUAGACAUAAAAAGAUUUAUAGAUUAACAGAGAGAAAUAAUAUUAUAU